AAGCCAUCAUCCUUUGGAGCUUGCUGACCAGCUCGCACAGGCCACGCCAUGGGCCAAAGCGAAAGCAACGUUGUGGCGCACACCGUCUCCGGGUUCGAGGCGUGGUUCAACGAGCAUGGCGAGGGACGAACGGCGGCUCACAUCCUCGGGUUCAACAAGAAAAUGCCCAGUGACCUGAACGAGGCCGCCCUGGAGAGCAUCAAGGACUUCAGCGUCAUCACCUGGGGUGGCGAUGCCUAUGCCGAAGACUCAUUCACCGCCCUCGUCCCGCUUUUCUUGGGGAAGGGCAGCGACAAGCUUGCCAUCGGUUUUCGGAAGAAGGGCGCGGUUGAGGGCUUCCGAGCCUCAUGGAGGACAGUUGCCUCGCAGUUCCCGGGACGGAUCCAUGUCGUGGAGUGCGACGUGGAGCAGCCAGCCGAGGACUUGUUUCGGCGCCUCGGGGUGCGGCUGCAGGACGAGAGGAGCAGCUACGCGGAGCAGCUUCCAGAUGUGAGGCAGCCCUACUUCUGGUUCGGCCGCCUUGCCGUUGCUUUGCUGCACAGCAGGCGCAUCGUGGGCGUCGGAGGUGGCGGCGUCGCAAAGCUGGAAUGCGAAGCGGCCCUCGACGCAGAUCCUACCGUGCAGGUCACAGUGCACGCGCAAGUGCGUCGGUCUGGAAAGUCAGGGCGGCAGCCAGGAGCGGCGCACAGAGAGCUGGUGGAUUUCGCCAGGGAAGAUGGCCGCAUCGAAUUCAUCCCACGAACGGACGAGCACUAUGUGCUCAGCGUCCGUUACGACAAGAACGCUUUCUUCAGACGCAACAGGAAUGCCGAGAUCGUGGCGGUGUUGCUCGGCGAGGAGAACUGCUUCUGCCCGAACUUUGUGAAGAAGUCCCAGAAGUCAGAAUGCCAUGGCCGCCGGACUGGAGAGUGCUUGGGCCGGUCGGUGGGCACUUCGGGGCAGGCUGCUUGCCGGGACUCCAGUAGGGUCCAGCAGGGCGCAGAGCCCACUGAUGACGCAUGCUGGGCAGGCUCCUUCCGAUGGCGAUUGGAGGGGAAGUGCCGGCGGGGGCGCGCUCGUGGGGGCAGGCUCCCGACCAUGAUCCGCCUGCUGGUGGACGGCCAGAUGGGUCCAGGGCAGCAGCAGGAGGACAGGAUGGCGAGAGAGGUCGGCAACCGCAUCCUGGAGAUCGAGGUGGGCACGGACGUCCUGCAGGAUUCCCUCUCUGGCCUCCUCCAUCUCGGCCUCGAGGCCAGCACCGCCGCCCAGUACAGCGCCGUCGGCUUCACCAUCGGCGCCGUCGGCUCAACCAUGGGCGCCGUCGCCGGCGUCGGCGCCGGUGUCAUCGGCGCCUUCGGCGCCGGGUUCAACGGCGGUCUCCGGCGACGCCGCAUGGAGCUGGCAGCGAAGCUGCGGGCCCAGGGCGUGGACGUGCCCGCCCGCUGAGGCGAUCUCGUGCCGGCGGCGGCAGCCAGCGGCCCUCGUGGGGCGCGCCGCGCGGGCCGCCCUCGCCAG